AUGGUGAAAUAUGGAACUUUUUCCAAAAACCUUGGUCCUUCAUCUCAGUCAAAACCUACUUACAAAUAUGCUUCUUGCAAUCUUCAAGCAGUCCUUGAUGCAUAUCUUUAUGACUUUGUUCUCUCUCCUUUGAUUAAAGCCCUAAAACGUCAUUCUUUUUUUAUUCUGCUCACUGUCUCAACAGCUAACUUUCCAUUCGACUAUAUCAUAAAGGCACAUAUCACUACGGAAGUCAAUGACAAGCUUGAUCGAAUUAAAAUUCAACUGAUCAAUGAUGACACAAUUAAUCUCACCAAGCACAUCUUCCUUCAAUCCAUUGGUCUUCCUAGGAAUGUCUUCGGCUACUCAAGUGUUUCACAAACUUCUCGAAAUAGAAUAGAUCAGAACAAGGAAGACAGAAAUUCAUCAUCUAAGAUUUUGGGUUGUUUGUCUCGAAUCUCUCUACAACACCUCCAAAAUUCCUUUGAUGAAUCAUUGGAGCUUUUUGAAACUCAUCAAACGAAGAGAUUUUCUCUUCCUGACCAAGCUGACUUCGAAGCCACCAAAUGUCUACCUACUGCUCUUCUAGAUCUCAUUCCAAGAGAUUCAGCAGUUCUUGCUCAACACAUCAAGGAUACAAAUGAACCAAAACCGGAGCAUCCUACGCCGUCCUCGACAAGAACUUUACAGAAAGCCUCCUGGUCCGAAGUCGCCGCAACUCCACCAAAAGGAAUACAAGUCCCAAAGAAAAAGAAGGCAAACAAGAAGCAAAAGGAUCCAGCUAUUUCCUCUCCUCCUCCUAAAAGGCAUACCCUAUUGCACACCACAUAA